AUGGGGCAGGCAGGAGGGGAACCUCCAGUUGCCCCCAGGUGGCGGAACAGAGGGAAACCUCGGACAGCGCUGCCCCCACCCUCAAGCCAUGGCCUCUCUUUGGACCUAGCAUGGGUCACCACAGACUUCCCUCCAGGUCUGUUCAUGGAAGUGGCAGGAGGGGGGAUGCGAGCUUCCCUCUUGGGCUGCUGCUAUGUCAGGUGGCUUGCCUACUCCUUCUUCAGCUGCUGCAGAACCUUUCCUGGAAGCAGGAGGCUGCCUCAUCCCGAGGCCGCAGUGCUGCCUUGCUACCAGCCAAAGGCACGUGGCAAGGAAAAGAUGUGUGGAUACGCUGGGGAGCCUUUAUUAAACCUGAGGGCUGCAUUCUCUCAUGCGCAGUCUUACGGAGGCCGUAUGCCAAUGGGUGGGGUGCUAGAGCCCAAAGUGGGUGGGGCAACAGAGUCUUGCCUUUUGUAG